UUCAGAAACAAAAACAAAUUCACAAAUAAUAUAUACUUGUAUUCAAAACUUUGUAACUUUUUAUUAUUGUAUGUUAUUAAUUUCCACUGACAAAAAAAAUAGUUUCAAAUAAGCUACUUGGAACUUAUUAUUGUCAUAACUCGUCUUCUCAUGCAACACAACAGGUGAAUAAAGCAGCCAUCACCCCCUCGUAUGCGGUGCGCGCCCGGGUGUGUACGGUGUCUAGUUUGCAGCGCAUGCUGAACUACAUCCGGUCGUUCUGCGCACCCAGCGCAGAUAUCGAGCCGCCCCUCCUUCCACCCCACUAGCACCGCAGGGUCGGGCGGAGAGUGACUCACAACCAUUUCAAGUUAAGACAUUUAUCCUCUGCUUUUGUCCCAUCUGAAUACCGAGAUGCAGAGCCCGAGUCCUGGUGAGAAUGGUAAGGCGAUAUGGACCUAAAAUAUAAUAAAUGUUUUUGCUUAUCAAGUUUCUGCAAGAUUGUGUGCGCCCGUUUUUCAACAUGGCGUACCCCGCUCUGAGACAGUAGCACGGCGCUAGCCCGCUAUCAGGGAGCUAACCCGCUAGCAGGGAGCUAGCCCGCUAGCUGGCUAGCUAGUAUGUUAGCCAUGAUGGCUAGCCGUAGCUCGCGGGUAACCUGUCAAACCGACCUCAUCACAACUCGGGGCGAUAUCUGUUGAGUAACAACCGCGAUCAAGGAUCACAACAGGCCCAUCUCCCGCUGCCGUCCCUGCGUCUCCUCGUGCCGCCGCUGCGCCUGGUUUCAGCCGCCAUGUGGCAGGUGGUCCAGCGGGGCGACGUCCAGGGCUACGGGCUGCUGGAGGAGUUCAUCAGCACCGUCACGGACAUCGUUCCAGAACUCUUGAAUCCCGACCAGAAGGCCCAGCUCCUCUUGGGACUCCGAGCGAGGGUGGUUCUCGACCUCUGUCGGUCGGAGCAGAGCGCAGAGAGAGAGACCAUCGCGAUGCACCUGGAGCAUAUAAAGUCCUUAAUAUCCACAUGGACAGCGCAGCCGUAUUUCGCAGAUGUGCAGUUCCCUGAAUCCAACUUUGUGAAUCAAAUUGAAUCUCUACUAAAGGAUCCCGAAGAGAAGGCAAAGUUCUUCCAGGAGGACUUCCCGGUGGACUUCGGUCCGGACUACGACGCCGCUCUCCAGGUGCUGGUGCUGGACUUCCUGUCCAGACUGGAGCGCCUGCUGCCGGUCCCAGACCUGCAGCAUACGGCCUCCCUGCUGGACGCGGUGCCCUCGGCUCUGGAGGAGUGCCUCCAGUCCGUCCCCGACCCCCAGCAGCUCAGGACGGUGCUCCAGUACCACGCCUCGCUGGGCCAGCCGGACCUGGACGACGAGUCCCAGUCGCUGCCGUCGUCCUUCGGGAACUGCAUCCUGUCCUCGCUGGCGCUGCCCCAGCUGGAGAAGCUGGUGAUCGACGCCGAGCCGCUGCACGGCUGCGUGACGGUGCAGCUGGAGGGGGAGACGGUGACGCUGUUGGACUACAUCCAGAUCCAGACGCAGCCCGCCGGGGACGGCCGGGGGGAGGAGGAGGAGCCCGCCGAGGCCCCGCCUCCGGACGCCGGCGGGGGGCACGCCGCCGCCGGGGCCGGGGACCACGACGACCCAGAGGACCACAACGAUCGAGAAGACCCAGAGGAGCACGGGGAUCUAGAGGAGCACGGGGAUCUAGAGGAGCACGGGGAUCCAGAGGACCACAACGAUCGAGAAGACCUAGAGGAGCACGGCGAUCCAGAGGAGCACGGGGAUCUGGAGGACCUGGGGGAGCUCCAGGACCCGGGGGAGCUCCAGGACCCGGGGGAGCUCCAGGACCCGGGGGACGAGGAGGGGCCCGACCCGCUGAAGCCGGCCUCCUUCCAGCCGCUGAAGCAGAGUAAGCGGCUGCAGCUGAAGCGGCGUGCGCUGAGCGAGCGGAAGGACUCGCCCUCCCCCCCGGGGGGGAAGCGCACGCGCAGGAAGUACCCCAACGACAAGACGUGCCCCGUCUGCGGCAAGGACUUCCUGCGUGCCACGGCAAUGCGGCGCCACCUGGAGAUCCACUCGGACAACCGCCAGCUCAAGUACAAGUGCCCCAACUGCGACAAGCGCUUCCGGGACCAGUACGACAUGACGCGCCACAACAUGCGCGUGCACGAGCGCGACGAGGCGUUUGACGAGGAGGAGGAGGAGGAGGAGGAGGAGGAGGAGGAAGAGGAAGAGGAGGCCGACCCGGCCGCCGCCGCCGCCGCCUCCGGAGACGCUGGCCCGUCGGACGCCCCGGAGAGCAAACACUGCGCUCUCUGCGGGAAGUACUUCGCCCGGAGGGUGGACAUGGACCGGCACGUCAAGUCCCACUCGGAGGUCCGGCCGCACAAGUGCCCGUACUGCGAGAAGCGCUUCAAGCACCCGUACGUCCUGCGGCGCCACCAGAAGGAGAUCUGCAAGAGCCGGAGCCUGAAGCGCGCCGGCUGGGCCGCCGACGGCUCGGGGGAGCCGGGCGCCGACGCCCUGAGCCCCGCGGCGUCCCCCGUGGCGGCGGCGGCGGCGCCCGGCGAGGGCAAGGUGUGCCCCGUGUGCAGCCGCACGCUGCCCUGCACGGCGGACAUGGCCAAGCACCUGCGCUCGCACACGGAGGAGCGGCCGUACGUCUGCCUGGGCUGCGAGAAGGGCUUCAAGUACAAGGACACACUGAAGAAGCACCAGCUGAUCCACGGCCACGAGGGCGCCAGGGAGGAGCCCUGCCGCUCGCUGGAGGAGAUCCUGGCGCAGGUCGACCGCCAGGGCAGGGCCGGCGCCGGCGCCGGCGAGGGGGCGGCGGCGGCGGCGGGCGUCCCGGGGCCCAGGGGCACGCGGGCGCCAAAGGCGUGUCCGGUGUGCGCGCGGCCGUUCGACAACAUGAAGAACCUCAACAAGCACAUGCAGUGUCACACGGAGGAGCGGCCGUACCACUGCGUGCACUGCAUGCGGCGCUUCAAGCACAUGCACAGCCUGAAGCGCCACCAGAUCUACGCCAUCUGCCACAAGAAGAUCAUGCGGCUGUCGGCCAUGAAGAAGGAGCCCCGGGGCGCGGGCCCUGGGGGCCCCGACGACGACGAGGGCGGGGCCCAGGGCCCGGCGCUGAAGAUCCCGGUGUGGUGCUCCAACUGCGGGCAGCACUUCGAGUACCCGGCGGCCCUGAAGGCGCACCAGGAGGCCACGUGCCGCGUGGAGUUCACGGACGUGAUGCGCUGCGACGACUGCGGCAAGGAGUUCAAGAGCGUGACGCUGCUGAAGGUCCACCAGCGCAUCCACGCGCCGCUCUACUGCAAGGAGUGCGGCAAGAUCCUGGCCUCGGAGCCCGCCUUCGAGCGCCACAAGCUGAUGCACAAGCCCAUCGGCUGCACCAUGUGCGGCAAGACGUUCACGCUGCUGCGGCGGCUGCGCGAGCACUACGAGAAGCAGCACGACUUCACGGGGCCCUACCCGUGCGCGCAGUGCGGCAAGAGCUUCGCCCAGCUGCCCUACCUGGCGGUGCACGAGCGCAUGCACAGCGGCGAGUUCCCGUACGCGUGCACGGCGUGCCCCGAGAAGUUCCGCUCGUCCAACUGCCUGACGGUGCACCAGCGCAAGCACACGGGCGAGAAGCCCUUCCUGUGCUGGCAGUGCGGCAAGCGCUACCGCUCGGCGUCGGAGCUCACGGUGCACAUGGGCACGCACUCGGAGGCGCGGCCGUGGGCGUGCGCGCAGUGCGCCGCGGCCUACCGCACCAAGCUGCAGCUCACCAACCACGUGGAGCAGGUGCACGUCGGCGUGCGGUACCCCUGCGGCGCGUGCGGCAAGCAGUUCAUGAAGGAGAUCUCGCUGAAGCGCCACGAGCUGACGCACACGGGCGAGCGUCCGCACCAGUGCACCGACUGCGGCAAGACGUUCCUGACGGCCAACGAGCUGCGGCUGCACACGCGCUACCACACCGGCGAGCGCCCGUACAAGUGCGACCAGUGCGGCAAGGCCUUCAUCCAGUCGGGCUACCUCAAGUCGCACAUGCGCAUCCACACGGGCGAGAAGCCCUUCAAGUGCGACGUCUGCGAGAAGGGCUUCCGGCUGUCGUACCACAUGAAGAAGCACCGGCGCACGCACUCGGGGAAGCCCAAGAGCCACGCCUGUGAGGAGUGCGGCCUGGCCUUCACGCACAAGAAGAGCCUGCACGAGCACGCCUUCACGCACGAGCCCAAGAUGGUCGCCUUCACUCAGGAGGUCCGCAUCGAGUUUCAGUAGUCUGGGAGGGUUGGGGCGGGGGGGGGGUGCACUUGUUGUUUGGGAUGUGGUUUGUCUGCCAACAGGGACUCUAUUUUUGGUUACUUUAGAAAGGGAGGAGAUUUAUGUGAAGGCUGUUGGGAAAACACAAGGCGGAUAAAGUAUGCUUUGGUUUAAUUUAUUUUUCUGGCGGGCGGGGACUUGUGGGAGAUUUAUUUUGGUUUGCGCCGAUGUGCUAUGCUAGCUGUGCAUGCUAGUGAUUUUUGUUUUGUUCUGGCUUUGUAUUCUAAAGCUGACAGGAUCUCUAUCAGGUGUACAUAUUGAAUUGAAUACAGCAAAGUAUUUUGGUUUACCUAGCAAAUAAAUGAAUCUCAAAAUCAAA